AUGAACAAAUUCUUUGCCUUCCUUAUUUGCUUGGCCACCAUGGCCUCGGUUUCCGCCUUUUCUACAUCCUCUAGUUUCGUGAGCAGCAGCUCUACUUCUAUGCCAGUCAUUCAAAAUGGAUCCAACUUGGACAUGAAAAAGGGCAAAGCCAAUGUUCCACCCAACAUGAGAGGUCAAUUCAGGAAACAACAAGAAAUGGCCGCCAUGCAACAACAAAUGGUGGACGCCCAAAAACCAGGUAACGAUGGCAUGCCCGUCUUCAACCUCUUUGUUCGCACCAAGCGUCAAAAUAUCUGGUACCCCUGCGGUUCCUUCAAGGGAGAUGACCGAUCGGCUGCCUUGGCCAAGUCCUAUGCCGAAGGUGGACUCUUGUCAGGAAUUUCGAAAAAGCAACUUGAUGGAGGUAUUGCAGGAACCUUAUUCCAAGAUCUGGCCAAGCUAAAGGAAACCGUCGUCCGUGCUUAUCCUCAACUACGCAAGGCUAAAGAUGAGUUUGAAUUUGGUUACAAGCUGGCCUUUGAGGGAUUGUCAGAAGAACAAGCCAAAGAGGUUAUCCCAGUGGAACCCAAGGAGAACAAGGGAGUCUUGGAUGGAGUUCGCAACAUCUUUAGCUAA